CGACUAUUGACAGGACAUACACCAUGACGGCGUAAUAUUUUGACAAUUGAAAUAUAUCUGCUUUGAAGUCUAAGCAUUAUUAGUUAUCCAUUGUAAAUUAAUAAUAAAAAUGGAAGAGAUUGGCAUCGUACUACCUGAAAAGGAUGACCAAGUCACCGACACAAAAGGAACUUCAUUUGCAGGCCCCCAAUCUUUUGAAGAAUUGGAAUCUGAAGAUUUAUAUACUAAAUAUAAGAAAUUGCAACGCAUGCUAGAGUUUUUGGAAGUGCAAGAAGAAUACAUAAAAGACGAACAAAGGAAUUUAAAGAAAGAAUAUCUACAUGCCCAAGAGGAAGUUAAAAGAAUUCAAUCAGUUCCACUUGUAAUAGGACAGUUUCUCGAAGCAGUUGAUCAAAACACUGGAAUUGUUGGAAGUACAACUGGCUCAAAUUACUAUGUACGUAUUCUGUCUACAAUAGACAGAGAAUUAUUGAAGCCAUCUGCAUCAGUAGCUCUGCACAAACAUUCAAAUGCACUCGUGGAUGUCUUACCUCCAGAGGCUGAUAGCUCCAUUUCUAUGCUUCAAGCAGAUGAAAAACCGGAUGUCCAAUACUCAGAUAUUGGAGGUAUGGACACUCAAAAGCAGGAAAUCCGUGAGGCAGUUGAACUACCGUUAACCCAUGUAGAGCUUUACAGGCAAAUUGGUAUUGAGCCACCCCGUGGUGUACUCAUGUAUGGUCCACCGGGAUGUGGUAAAACCAUGUUGGCGAAGGCUGUUGCUCAUCACACAACAGCUGCAUUCAUCCGUGUAGUGGGAUCUGAAUUCGUACAAAAAUAUUUAGGAGAAGGUCCUCGUAUGGUACGCGAUGUGUUCCGCCUAGCGAAAGAAAACAGUCCUGCUAUCAUUUUCAUUGAUGAAAUUGAUGCCAUUGCUACUAAGAGAUUUGAUGCACAGACAGGAGCUGACAGAGAAGUUCAGAGAAUCUUGCUGGAGUUACUGAAUCAAAUGGAUGGUUUUGACCAGACUACUAAUGUAAAAGUUAUCAUGGCUACCAAUCGUGCUGACACUCUGGAUCCUGCUCUGCUGAGACCUGGUCGUCUUGACAGAAAGAUUGAAUUUCCUCUCCCUGACAGGCGUCAGAAACGUCUGAUCUUCUCAACCAUCACGGCUAAGAUGAAUCUGUCUGAAGAGGUGGACUUGGAGGAGUUCGUAGCGCGCCCCGAACGCGUGUCUGGCGCCGACAUUAACGCGAUCUGUCAGGAGGCCGGCAUGCACGCCGUGAGGGAGAACAGGUACAUUGUGCUCCCCAAGGACUUUGAAAAAGGUUAUAAGAACAAUAUCAAGAAAGAUGAAUGUGAAUAUGAAUUCUACAAAUAAGUAUUUAAUUGUAAUAUUUUGAUGUAAUUGAUUAAUAAUUAAACCUUAUAAUAU